UGCUUUGGAUGCAAGAUUCCGAAUCGCUGUGCUGGAUCUUUUUGGAUCUUUUUGGAGAGGUUGAUCUGAUGUGGUAACUUUAAAAGUGCUCUAACAAAAGUAUCUCCGCGGGCCGAAGAAUCCUUUUUUGUGGGCGCUUAUCGCUGUUUGCUGAAGGAGAAUAUAUAAGGUCCAUAUUCUUCCCUUCUCUUUGAGUGUAGCAAUCUUUCGACGCAAUUGAGCUCAAAUUAUUCUCCUUGACUCGAUACACUCUUUCUGCUUGGAUUUCUUUCGAUUCCACUUGAUUCUAAUCAAUUCUAUUCGACUUCUUUCACAUCAUGACUGCCGACCAAUCUGACGAUCCAAAGAUCUUAUCCACCACCAAUCACCAAUUUCCCAACAAGCCUGAGAAAACCCUUUGUGUUUUCUGUGGUUCCAGAGAUGGCUCGUCUCCUUUGUUUAUGGAGGAAACCGAGAAUCUAGCAAUCAAAUUGGCUAGUCUAAACUAUGGAGUCAUCUACGGUGGAGGCGAUUUGGGUCUUAUGGGUCAAGUUGCUAGAACUGUCAUCAACCACAAAGGGUACGUCCAUGGGGUGAUUCCUCAUCCAUUGUUCGAAAGAGAAAGACACAGCUCCACCCUUAGUGGCCAAUACGGGAAAACCACUGUUGUUCAGGACAUGCACACGAGAAAGAGACUCAUGGGCAAGGAAGCUGACGGUUUCAUUGCUUUGCCUGGUGGUUAUGGUACUCUUGAAGAGUUGAUGGAAAUCGUUACCUGGUCUCAAUUGGGAAUCCACUCAAAGCCUAUUAUUGUUUUUAAUAUCGAUGGUUUUUAUGAUGGACUUAAAGUCUUUUUAAAAUCUUGUGUAGGUACAGGUUUUGUUGGUCUUGGUCAAAGUCAAAUUUUAGUUUUCGCUAAUACUGUUGACGAGGUUAUCGAAAAAUUCCAAAAUUAUAAAGCUCCAGAUGGAAGAUUGGAUCUUAAUUGGGAUAUUCAAUAAUUGAAAUAAUUACAAUCACUAUAACCAUAAUAUAUAUAUUAUCUGAAUAUCUGUAUUAUCAAUCAAUUGAUUAUCAACCUAGCUAAUUUAUCUGUCUUAUUUUCUUAUUCUCCUAUUCAUUACUUUUUUCUAUAAUUUCAAUUUCCAUAUUACCACAUUGUCAUGUUUCAUUUCCUAUUUUAUUCUUAUUCCAUUUUCCU